AUGAGAGCUGUAGCAUGUGUGCUGUUUAUCCUGAGCCUGGUGUGGGACAGUGUGAGAGCUGACAACUCAAUCAGCAGCUUAAAAAUGGCAGCAGGUAAAGUGGUGCUUGGUUCAUUAAUGUUGCUCAGAAUCUGUUGAUUCAGAUUGUUAUCUUAAUACGUUAUGUGUAUUGAAAUGCUACAAUAACAACACAAAUACUUAUGGCAUCCAUACAUUUAGAAGUUUGUCAUUUUCCAUGUAAGCUGUAUCAAUACAAAAGCAGCAGCUAUGUUAAGUUUAUAGGACUUCCUUUUUAUUUUUUUAGCAUCCUGGGAGGGGGAGCUGCCGUGCAAAGAGUGGAACUGUGAGUGUGCAUUCAAGCAGCGCGGUUGCUGCUGUGCUGCCACUGAUCUCCAAGAGGUGGAGGAUCAGAUCUUCCACAAAGUGAUGGACCUGUCCAGGAGAGUUUUCCAGCUUGGGGACACCAUCCUUGAAGUUUUAGGUACUCUAUAAUAAGAACAAAGGCAUUGUUAGAAAUAGCUCAAAGUUUAUUUGGUAACACAUCAAACUACUCGAGUUGUUUUAGGCUGAUAUUUUUUUAAAAUAUUUUCUGUGAGAUUUUGAAGGUGCUUUGUCCAUUUUGGCCUUAAAAUGUAGGUUUUAAAACACUUUGAAUUUUGAGAUAAUACAAAACAGUAGCUGAUAAAUAAUUUCUUAUAAUUACGCAGAUAAAUCAACCGAUGUUACACAACUUUAAGAAUGUUGAUUUAUAGCAAAACAAUCAUAACAAUAAUAAUUGGCAGGUUUUAUCACUGAGGCACAUAGCUCGUCUUUUUUGACUUGAAAAACUAGGCCAAAUUCUCCUACUUUCCUAUUUUUCAGUGUUUUAUUCUUUAAACCGAAGCUUUUGUAAGUAAGCUUGCUAGACAUAUUUGAAGAUGGUGCCUCGAUUCUAUAUACCAAAUAAAAGAUUUCAUACACCACAAUCAGUAUAUUUACAUGAUGUUAAAAUAAGUUUGGGUACGGUUCAACAAUUUUCAUGCCAGGUAAAUGUGUUGAAGGGAGGUUAGCCUCAUAGACUGUAUAUAGAAUGGGCGCCGUCUGCCUCAUGCUGGGUGAAGCCACUCUGAGAACAGCACCCUCUGGUGACGGGCUGCAGUAUAGGUCAUAAAUCCCGCCUCCGCCAGCAAAGCUUAUGGGACUGUGGACAAACUAGAAAUUUAUUACGCAGAAUAUACAUUUGUAUCCCCCCUGGUUGUGAUGUUGACAUGUAGUUACUGUUAGAUUGGUUUGUGCUCAAGUCCUCUUUUCUCUGUACAGCUCCAUUUUUAAAAGUUAUUAGGGGGUUCAUGUUUUCUAUGAUUGGCUCUUGAUACAGCCUUUUGGUGCACCAAGAUUGUGUAGCUCACCCAGGGGAUACGCUGUUUGAGCUGAGCGCCAUCACAGCGACUCUCCCGCCAAUUGCAUACAGUGCUACUGCACAAAUGGUGGAGUAUGUACAACGCUACUGCACAUUGUUGGUUUCAGGAAGUUGAGAAAAAAAACCGAAAUAUCGUGAGCAAUUCAGUUUCAAAUUCCUGUAAUGACAGAAGGUGGGACCAAGUAUAUACAGUCUAUAGUUAGCCUCUUGCUAACUUGUUUGUAGGUUGUUUUGGUACAUGACUAUACUAGGUCACCUGACAGACAGUCGACCAAAUUGACCAAAAAGAAGGAUGGGGAUGGACAUACUUGUGUUCAUAAAUUUGGUCUCACCUGGUGUGUCUUUAAGGACAGCUUCAAAGGCUGCCAAACAAGGGGGUAUGGCUGCAGGCUGGCUCAUAUAGAGUCUACUCAAUUUCAGAUAAACAACAAGAUUCUGAAAAUGAUAGCAUGAUUGACUGACCUUUCUCAAUGUAAUAUUCAAAGGUAAAGUUGCAGUCGAAUAUUAUGCACCGAUAUCUGACUAAAGGUUUGAUCUUUGUGGAUAAGACACAAAGGCUGCUCUUUGUAAGUUCUGUGUAAUUUUGUAGAUUUAAUUAAAGAAAGUGUUGAGCCAUCAAACAUUUUUCAUUGCUGUGACAGUCUUUGACAGCUGCAAAGUUUCAAAGGCCCCCUGGUCUCAGGGAAGGUAAAUCUGUGUGUCGUCUGCAUAGCAAUAAAAGGAGAUUUAGUAGAGCUAAAUUAUUUGGCCAAGGGGCUGCAUAGACGAAAAAUAAAUCUAGACCUAAAACUGAACCCUGUAGUACACCACAAAUAGCCACUGUGGGCAUAGGACUGAACCUGUUUGAAUACCCGAACAUACUUGAAAUUGAUGAAAUACAUCCAAAGUAUCUGUUUUCAGAAAGAGAUGAUGGAGUAACAUCUAACAACUUUGUUAUAAUUCUAUGUUUGCUCUUCCCUGUUGGUCCCUCUAUUUCAGGAGGGAUAAGAGUUGCAUUUACAGCCUCCAUGAGUCAUAAAAAGACCUGCUUUGGACCUUUCACCAGGAGCACCCCCAUUCCUUAUAAUCUCCUCACCUUCAAUCAUGGAAGUGGAUAUAAUCCUGCCCUGGGUAAACACUCACAAGCAGUAAUUUUAACACCACAUACACAUGAUUUCCUGCCUUUGUAAAGUGUAAAGGAGCCUUUUACAAAUUUUACAUGCUGUCCAAAUGUUAUUUAUUUCAGGAAUUUUCACAGCUCCUCGUCCAGGAUUGUAUUCCUUCUCCUUCUCAGUCUACUCAAAGGUGCAAGGGGAAGGGGAGAAGAUGUACUAUAAGGUGCAGCUCAUGAGAAACGGGGAGGCGGUGGUUUCAACCUGGGAAGAUAACAGAGAGGACUCAGAGGACAGCAGCUCUCAGACAGUACUGCUGUCUCUGGAGCAGGGAGGUCAGGUCUAUGUGCAGCUGCUGAGCGGCAGGCAGCUCUGUGGAAACAUUGAAGGUCUUAACACCUUCUCUGGAGCCCUGAUUUACCCUACUCUGACUUGA